AUGUUGACUUUCGAGACCACCCAAGUCCAAGGUGUCAAAGCUAUCAUCGAGAAGUUGACCUCUUUGCCUUUUCAAAAGGUUCUUCACAACAUCUCCUCUCUUGAUGCUCAACCUGCCUCUCCUAAUGGAGAUGUCAUUGUUAUGGUCACUGGUGCGUUGAUUGUUGAUGACGAGUCCACUACCCAAAGAUACUCCCAAGUCUUCCAUUUAAUCCCUGAGGGUGGCUCGUACUUUGUUUUCAAUGACAUUUUCCGUCUUAACUAUGGUUAA